AUGUCGUGGGCUGGCUUUAAGAAAAAUGUCGGCCGCGCUACGACGCAGGUUAUGAUGAAGACUGGUCAUGUUGAAAAGACGAGUGAUCGCGAUUAUGAAAUUGAAGAACGACGAUACCGGACUAUGGAGGCCGCGGCCAAUCGACUACAGAAAGAGGCAAAGGGAUACCUGGAUUCGCUACGAGCCAUGACGGCAUCACAAAUGCGCAUUGCGGAGACGAUUGAUGCUUUUUACGGUGACGCGGGCACUAAGGAUGGCGUUAGCAGAAGCUAUAAGCAAGCAGUGGAGGAUUUGGAUGCGGAAACGAUCAAGGCUUUGGACGGUCCAUACCGGGCAACUGUCCUAGACCCCAUCUCCCGUUUCUGCGCCUACUUCCCAGACGUGAACGAAUGCAUCAAAAAGCGCAACCACAAACUCCUCGACUACGACGCCAUGCGCGCCAAAGUCAAGCGCCUCGUCGAGAAACCCGACAAGGACGUGACAAAACUCCCUCGCACCGAGCGCGAAGCCGAAAUCGCAAAGCAAGCAUACGAACAACUCAACGAGCAACUCUUCAAUGAACUGCCCCAACUCAUCGACCUGCGCGUGCCAUAUCUGGAUCCCAGCUUCGAGGCGCUGGUCAAGAUUCAGCUGCGCUUUUGCGCAGAGGCGUAUUCGCGUAUGGCACAGGUUCAGCAGUAUCUUGAUGCUGAGACGAGAGAUCAGUAUGCGCGUGGUGAUUUGGAUAAUCGCGUUGAGGAGGUGUUGCAGGAGAUUCGGGAUUUGAGUAUUGCGGGGACGGUUUAG